AUGGCACCUUCCGCAACAGAUCACCAGAAGUCUGAAAAGUCUGCAGAUAAGCUUUCGAAUGGCUGCUUGAAGGAUGAGACGUCUGAAGCGUCAUCCAGUCGAAAACACAUCCUUGAUCUGCCAUAUGAUGUCCUCAGUCGAAUUUUCUCGGGCUUUGACCCAGCUCCGGAGCUUUGCAUGCUGAUGGAAGUGUGCACGAAAUUCACGCAAGUGGCGAAGAAUCCCGUAUUGUGGACAAGAGUUACAGCAGUGGACCCCAUCACACGCCGCGCAAAGGAGCAUGGGCUAGAGUCUGCCGCCAGGAGCAUCGUCUAUGGAUCUGAUAAGGCUUUAUGUCCACCUUGUCCAACGAACACAACAUCAUCCACUGUUCAGAGAAAGCGUCGAGGAGCUGGACUUGCUGUUGAUGUCAUUACCUCUCGUGGGGGUACCAAGUUGACAUCGCUGGAUUUGAGCGACUGUUAUCCGAACUUCCCACGAUACGAGCAUCAACUAACGGAUGACGACUUGCAAGUAAUCGCGGAUCGCUGCUCCGAGUCACUUCAAGUGCUGCGCUUGAGCUCCUCCUCGUUUCUGACUGAUUCUGCAUUAGCUGAUCUUGCACAGUCAUGCCAACAGCUGCGCACUCUUCAUUUAGUUGGUUUUCCAAACAUUACAGGCACGGCACUUGGAAAUAUCACCGAUGCAUGCCCGACAUUGGAAGAUAUAUCUGUACGCCGCUGUUCGACUUUCAAUGGCCGGACUAUGCGGAAGAGGCUUAUUCCUGUGCGGACCACAUUAAGGCGAAUAGACAUCUCUGAAACUAAUUCAACUUCUCUCAACAUGAAUGCCUUCAUGACCAAAUGUCCCGCGAUCGAGGAGAUAGAUGCGAGCAAGUGCAAGCACCUCCAGAUUCGCUUAAGAUCUGAUUCUUUACAAGAGACACCGGUUUCACCAAAAAUCACGUCGCUCAACUUUGACAACAUCCAUGGAAUAGACACAGAGCUCAUAAUGCUAAUCUGGCAAAUGUGCCAAAAACUGGAACACUUUUCUUGUAAUGAGAGUAAUAUGGGGGGUGACUCAGACAUGGAGGAGCUUUUCAGUUUAAACACUUGGCCGCCACUCAAGACUUUGAAAAUGGCAGGACUAAAAGUGACAGAUGAAAUGUUUCAACGCAUAUUUAAGAUGUUAGGGGAAACUCUUGUCGAGUGCGAUCUGUCCGAAAACUGGGAUUUGACUUGUAAGCUGCAACUUCUCGGAGAUGAGACCUUCGCAGAGCUUAAGACGUUACGCGUCCGGUACACACAAACAACUCCGGACACGGUCAAAACGCUGAUUUCGAUUGCACCGAAGCUGAAGAACCUUGACCUCUCCGGAUGCGUACGGAUUGACCGACAAAUGCGGAAAAAUCCGCUUGCGUCAGAGCAAGUCACGUAG